CCCAGGCUGGGGGAUGACCGGCCGUGCUCUGCGCUCAGCCCAGCCUGCGCUGCCCACCAGCACCUCUGUGCUUGCGGAGAACUCACCCGCUGCCUGGCCAUGAGCACCACGUUUCUGCAGACCUCUUCCUCCACCUUUGGGGGUGGCUCUACCCGGGGGGGUUCCCUCCGGGUUGGGGGAGGCAGCUUUGGUGGGGGGAGUCUCUGUGGGGGCGGUGGAAGCCGCAGUAGUUUGGCUUCUGCUAGGUUUGUGUCCUCCGGGUCAGGAGGGGGCUAUGGGGGCGGCAUGAGCUGCAGCUUCGGUGGAGGGGCUGGUAGUGGUUUUGGGGGCGGCUUUGGAGGUGGCUUUGGAGGUGGCCUUGGAGGUGGCUUCGGCGGGGGCUUCGGCGGGGGCGAUGGCAGCCUCCUCUCCGGCAGCGAGAAGGUGACCAUGCAGAACCUCAACGACCGCCUGGCCUCCUACCUGGACAAGGUGCGCGCCCUGGAGGAGGCCAAUACUGAGCUGGAGGUGAAGAUCCGAGACUGGCACCUGAAGCAGAGCCCCAGCAGCCCCGAGCGGGACUACAGCCCCUACUUCAAGACCAUCGAGGAGCUGCGGGACAAGAUCCUGGCGGCCACCAUCGACAACUCCCGUGUCAUCCUGGAGAUUGACAACGCCCGGCUGGCGGCGGACGACCUUAGACUCAAGUAUGAGAACGAGCUGGCCCUGCGCCAGAGCGUGGAGGCCGACAUCAACGGCCUGCGCCGGGUGCUGGACGAGCUGACCCUGGCCAAGACUGACCUGGAGAUGCAGAUCGAGAGCCUGAAGGAGGAGCUGGCCUACCUGAAGAAGAACCACGAGGAGGAGAUGAAGGAGUAUGGCAGCCAGCUGGCAGGCCAGGUCAACGUGGAGAUGGACGCGGCACCAGGCGUGGACCUGACCCGCGUGCUGGCCGAGAUGAGGGAGCAGUAUGAGGCCAUGGCGGAGAAGAACCGGCGGGACGCCGAGGCCUGGUUCUUCAGCAAGACAGAGGAGCUGAACAAGGAGGUGGCCUCCAACACAGAGAUGAUCCAGACCAGCAAGACGGAGAUCACAGACCUGAGGCGCACGAUGCAGGGGCUGGAGAUCGAGCUGCAGUCCCAGCUCAGCAUGAAAGCAGGGCUGGAGGGUUCACUGGCGGAGACUGAGUGCCGCUACGCCACGCAGCUGCAGGAGAUCCAGGGGCUCAUCAGCGGCCUGGAGGCUCAGCUGAGUGAGCUCCGUAGUGAGAUGGAGUGUCAGAACCAGGAGUACAAGACUCUGCUGGACAUCAAGACGCGGCUGGAGCAGGAGAUCGCCACCUACCGCAGCCUGCUGGAGGGCCAGGACGCCAGGAUGGCUGGCAUUGGCACCAGAGAAGCUUCCCUGGGAGGUGGUGGUGGCAAAGUUCGAAUCAACGUUGAGGAGGCAGUGGAGGGGAAGGUGGUUUCUUCUCGCAAGAGAGAGGUCUGAGUGCCCGGUGCAGGAGAGACGUCCCUCGUCUCCUCCUCUCUCCCCAGGCUGGGUGGAGGACUGGCCAGAGGGGCCAGAAGAGCAAACCCCAGUCCCUGCUUUCAGAGGAUCCAGAUCUCCUUGUUGGGUGCUUGGCAUGCUCCCCUUCGUGCUCCCCUCCAGCUCUCCCCAUCCGCUUUUGAGCAGGGACAGGCAAGAAGCUGCUGGAUCGUGUA